AUGAAGUUAACCAUAUAUUUUAUUAGUCUUUAUAUUAUUCAUACUGACUGUCUUGAUUUAACUCCUAAACCAUCGCGUAAACCUUUGCUAACGAGUAAAACUAUCAUAAAGCAGAACGUCACGAUCGGAUUAGUAUAUCAGCAUUAUGCAAAUCGUUCCAAAGCAUAUGACAAAGCAUUCAAAGAAAUUCUGAGGAAAAUCAAUGAAGGAACUGCAGUAUCAUCUUUGAGACGACUACCGGAACGUUUCAACUUCACUGGCAUUGAUUGUAUUUUACCCACCGGGGUGUUCUAUGUUAGAGAAGUAAUCGAUUGCAUAUGUAAUCGUUUAGUUGAGAAUCAAGUAUCAGUGAUUAUAUUUGCAACUGCUUCUGAGACAUACGAUUCAACUACUGCUGCGGAACAGUAUUUUUUGACAAUGGCUAGUCACACUGGAAUUCCAGUGCUUGCUUGGAAUGCUGAUAACUCCGGAUAUUCUUUCGAAAAGAACUUAUCAUCAUAUCGCAUUAUCCAAUUAGCCCCUCCCAUAGAACAUCAAAUAAGAGCGAUGAUAGCUCUGCUCCAAAGAUACAAUUGGUCAAAGUUUGGUAUCGUAACAUCUGACAUGGCUGGAUCAGAACAGUUCUUGAAGAGUGUUCGAGAAGAAAUUGCUGAUGCCAGUAAUAAAUCGGCUAGAUUUGAAAUAAUGUUUCAUUGUAACAUUCAAGUAACAAAUAAAACAGAUCUUGUCACGAAGCUACAAGAUCUGAAACAGAGCCAAGCAAAAAUUAUUCUUCUGUAUUCGACCGCAGCUAAAGCAAGAACUAUAUUUGAGCAAGCGAUACCCAUCGGUUUAACUACUGAUAAAUACUUAUGGAUAGGAACUCAAUCUGUGAAAGGUACUCAAACUUCAGUUACCGGAGAAUAUCAAGCUGGCAUGCUGAGUGUGAACUUCCACACAGUUUCGAAUGCAAUGUUUGCGCCGAGAGAUGAUGUUAUUCCUUUAGUUAUACAGUUAGCUCCUAAGCUUUUUGGAGCAGCGUUGCAGCAGGUUCCUAUGAAUCAAACAUAUUCUAUUCGAUCGAACUCUUCUUGUAGACGAGGAGAAAACUCACGAUGGAGUGACGGAAAGCAUAUACACAAAUUGAUGAGACAGUCCUUUGUAAAAGGAAAUCCAUUCCAUGUAGAUGAUGGGUAUGACUCUUUCUUCUAUAUUUUCAACGAAUACGGCCGUCUACGCAAUUCUAUAUUACACGUAUCAAACUUGAGGAAGAAUAAUAAGGGAACAUUGUAUUGGGACAAAGUUGGCACAUUCAUCAAUAAUGAACUGAAAAUGGCUGACGUGGAGUGGCCAGGGGCCAGAGCUAACCCUCCUAUGGGAACGGCUGAUAAAUUUCAUGUGAAAGUAGUUACGUUACACGAACCGCCGUUCAUUACAGUGUCUGAUGUAGAUCCUGACACAGGCCGAUGCCCUGGAAAUCAGGGUUCCAUAUGCGACUGGGGUGACGUAGAAACACUAGAUGAAACAGGAAUGAAAAGGAACAAUACACUUUGGAAAUGCUGCUCCGGAUACUGUGUGGACCUACUGAACAAACUAGCAAGCGAUAUUGGCUUCACUUAUACAUUGUACAAGGUUCGAGAUGAGAAAUGGGGGCUCAAAACAGAAAAUGGCUGGAAUGGAUUGAUAGCAGACCUCAUCAAUAACAAAGCUGAUAUGUGUGUAACUUCCUUGAAACUAAACUCUGAAAGAGCACGAGACAUUGAUUUCUCUCUACCAUUCUUAGAAACAGGCAUUGCAGUCAUAGUGAAAAUCAGAAGCGGGGUACUCAGCCCGACCGCAUUUUUAGAACCGUUCGAGUAUUCAACGUGGGUUAUCAUUCUCUUUGUUAGUAUCCAGGGAGCUGCUUUUUCCAUUUUCAUUUUCGAAUGGGUGUCCCCAUAUUCAUUCAACAUGCAGAAGUACCCUCCUCCAGAUCAUAAAUUCUCGCUAUGUCGAUCGUUUUGGCUUGUUUGGGCUACGCUUUUCAGUGCAAGUGUUUCAACUGAUGUUCCGAAAAGUUCAGUGUCCAGAUUCAUGGCCUUAGUUUGGGCUGCAUUUGGGCUAACAUUUUUAGCUGUUUAUACUGCUAAUUUAGCAGCUUUCAUGAUAACCAGAGUUCAGUACUAUGAUCUGACAGGGAUUCAUGAUCCGAUGAAAAACAAAUUUUUCCGUAUGAACAUUUCUGCGGGUGUGGACGCUGUCCGCAAUGAAGAGUUAGACGCUUUUAUAUAUGAUGCCGUUGUGCUAGAUUAUUGGGCAGGAAAAGAUGCUAAUUGUGAGCUUAUGAUGGUAGGUAAAUGGGCUAGUAUGACAGGAUACGGUAUAGGUUUUCCAAAGAAUUCUCCAUAUACAGCUAUGGUGAAUCAAUAUAUGUUACAAUAUCAGCAGAAAGGUGACUUGGAAAGGUUACAAAACUUCUGGCUCACUGGAGCUUGCUCUCCUGAUAGUCACAGUCAAACACAUUCUGCGCCAUUAGGAGUUGAAAAUUUUCUUUCUGCAUUUUUUUUAUUGGCAGCAGGAAUAAUACUGGCAAUCAUAGUGUUGGGCUGUGAAUACAUCUAUUGCCGACAUAUUCGAAUGGCUUUACAAAGACUGGAUCCGCAUGGGUGGUGUGGAAUAAUAAGUAUGUCGAUGGGGAAAUCAUUAACUUUACCCGAAGCCGUUGAUCGAGUUCAAGAAUGGCGAUCUCGUACUCAAUCGUUAGCUAGUAACACGUCUCCAAUACCCAGAAGAAAGCAUUUUGGGACAAUAUUCAAACCAAAGAUACUUAUUGAAGAGCCGAAUGCUAAACGAAAUUUCUUACAAGUAGAAACAAAUCUGUAG